CGGACCAUUGGUGAUAUUGUAUCGGUCGGUCCAGAGGUGGUUUAUUAAUCUCGAUCAGACCAUAGGAAGUACAAUUUCGAUCGGACCAGAUUUGAUUAAUCAUUUUUCAUCAGACCAAAGUUUAUACAGUAUCGGCCAGACCAGGGGUGAUUAAUUAUUCUCGAUCAGACCAAAGGUUAUACAGUAUCGGUCAGACCAGGGGUGAUUAAUUAUUCUCGAUCAGACCAUAGGUGAAACAGUAUCGGACCAACUAUGUUACGGUAUUGGUCAGGAUGGUAAACAUAUGGUACUAUAUAAUUAAAUUGUCUACCAUUGCAUCAUAUUCUGCACCUUUGUGUCAGACGGUUAAACCUGCACAUAGUGCGCGUACGUGUGUGGUGUUCUUAUGUUACUGUAUGUAACUCUCAAACUAUACGUACACGUAAUGGUAACGUUUUGCUUUUUUGUUAAUUGUUAUUGUGUGGUUUUACUGUAAUAGUUUUUGUAUGAGUCAUGUUUCGAGUAUGAUGUAAUCGUUGUGUUUGAUUUAAUUGAGUGGUAAACCAUGAAUAACAAUACUUAUUAAAAAUGAUAAUGUGUUUAGAAAGGAUUUAUAAGGCUAGUGAAAUACACAUUUCAAACAAAGUUUUACGAAUAAGUUAUUAACCACUUUUGCGGAUGACUAUGCGAUAUUUCAAUUAUUCUAAUAUGUACUACAAAGGUAAAUGCCGUGUUUACACGUCCCCAUUGACUGAUCAUUUCAUUAAACAUGGAUGUACAACCGUCAUGAUAUGUGAAUGAAUGACAUCACGUGCCGUAAUAAAGUUAUCUUCCAAAUAUGGAACACAAUGAGAAAUACAAUAACAGGAGCGUAUCUCAUUUAUAUUCAUUGGUUUUAGUUGUUUAAAAGUGUUUUUAUGAAAAAACUGAAACUUAAGGGCGGACAACUUGAAUAAAAAAACAGUCUCCUUAAUAAAUAUUAUUGAAAUCCGGGUGUUUUUGUCACCGAAUUGCUGAUAGUGGAUGGUCUGUAUAUGCUAUUUUCCCCUCAGCAAUAAAUCAAAACCUACGCUGAAGCUAGACCUUCGACCGAUAAAGUUGUGAAUGAAUGAACCAGAGUUUAUUGCUACUGGUGCGUACCUGAGACAUUUCGUAAUUUAUGCAUACUAUAAAGGCGAUAGCCGCAUUUAAACGUCGCCACCAAGGUAGUUUGAUCAGUAAAGGUUUGACACUGCGACUGACACUGGGAAAACAUAAAAUCCCGGGAUAUUUGAAAUUUGUACGUUUUACGCGAACACUUUAAGCGAAAAAUGAAUAUAAGCGUUUAAAUAUUUAUCUUGUUUAGUAGAAAACUACAAAUAAAGACGCUAUGAAAAUAAAAACGUUGACGUCAGGAGUGAAGCGUUUGAUUUAUUUUGUUUGUUUGACGUUGACGUUAUUCGAUGUCGAUGCCCGGAAUUUACGAAGCCUGUCACGUGAGAACACCUUAUGUAAAGGGGGUUCUGUGGUGGAUAUAGAGGGAGAUGCUGGGGUGAAGAUAGAGCCCAUAGAUCAAAGCAAGAUCUACAUAGACACCCUUUUACAGCCCUUCGACGAUGGGCAUACGUUCCGGUUCGAGUUCAAGACGUACUCUGGGAACGGCACGUUGUUUUACGCGGUGCGACGUAAUGACGUGUUCGAUAUGGUGUCUGCUGAGAUCCGCGACGGCUAUGUGCAGUUCAAGGUCCGUUGUAAGUCAUCGUAUGCAGACCUAACAAUCCCCAGGUUCCGGGUCGACGAUGGAGAAUGGCAUAAAAUAAAAUUCCAAAGGAAACGGCGAAAAGGCAUCUUCAUGUUGGAUGACAUGGAGUUUUUCGAACAGUACUACGUGGGCUGUCAAGGAUUCACCUCCUUAAAUUUUGGAAACACAAAUUCAGAGCAUGAUGAUUCAAUCAGUGUACAGGAACUUCAGCCCCAAAAUGGACAGUUUGGAGGAUGUAUACGAAGAGUAGAAAUAAGUACCGGCAUAGAGACCCCACCCAAAUAUACCGCCAUCUCAUUUUGUAACUGACAAUGGACGCGAAGCUUUGCCAUUAUAUUCCUCAGUUUAUCUAUGUCCGCAUGUUCGAAGGCCGCUGACGACAAAGGUGACAAACGUCCUUCAAAGUUUGUUUCCUGCAAAUUCGCCCUUCAUCAGAAGCGGCAAGAACGUUGGCAUGCUAUUUGGAUGGAUUCACAAAUGACUAUUGUUAUAAUGCUCAACGCCUUAAAGUUUCAUACAUUCCCUGGGCUCACUCCCAAAAUCUUUAUUGUGUUACGAUGUCCCAAAACUGAUCUGUCUAUUGCCGCUAUGUAUUAAUUUCACUGACCACUGCGAAUGUGUGUUUCACAGACUUUUCUGUAAGUGGAAUGUAGCAAACAUUGCUAAUAUUUUUUAUACAUGUAACAUAUAUUGUAAAUGAUGUUAUUUUCAGAAAGUAAUACAGACGCUGUAUGCAUCAUUGUUAUGAAAUCCGUCCAAUUGUUGUACAUUCUUUAUUUUGAAAUAAAAUUA